AUGCCACAUUCUGAUUGGUCGAAACAAUUUUCGCUAGAGGGAGUGUGUGGAUAUGCACUCUUAGUGUCAUUCUGUAUCAGAACGAUGAACAGUGCAGUCGCAGAUUUACUGAGCUCACUUAUGACAGAGAGCCGUCGACAAGCAAUGGAAACGUUUGUCUUAUACAAGCGAAGAGGCAUAGUGAGAAGAGCUCAAAACUUAAUCGAAAACAUAGAUAACGUGGUAACUUGUAUCAACUUGGAUCAUGGACGAUACCCUGCCUUAUUCAAGAGUAGCAUGUCGGCACUAUCGAAACUUAACUUGUGGGAAAACGAAAUCAGAGAGGCGGCGAACGAAACAGAUAUGUCAGACGUAAUAGCUGCUGCGAGAUUUCUCCUGGAGAAUCAAGGCUUGUUGACGAAUGAACUUGACAAUAUGGACAAAGCGAAGAAACAGAUCACACUAACAGACACCAUUGUCAUAAGCGAUGAAGACAAUGACGAGUUGCCAGACAUCAUCAGUCCGACCAUGAAUACGAAAUCAAAAAGUCCGAUACACAAGCUAAAACCUUAUACGAGGCCCUCAUCAACGGUUACCAGCAGUACGUUGACCGAAACGGCUUGGGAAAAGAGGGAAAAUGAGCUACUGUUGGCUCAUCAGAGAGAACUGUCCGAAGCCAAGCAAGAGGCAAGGGACGAACUGAUGCUUUGCAUCAUAUGCUUGUCCGCACAGAAAGAUCAUACACUGGUGCCUUGCGGUCACACAUUUUGUGAAUAUUGCGUCGGUCAGAUAAAAGCAAAGGGCAAGUGCUGCUUUUGUAAUGCCAAAAUAAGAUCGAGCGUAAAAGUGAGACUAACCGAUUGA